GUGAACAAUUGCAGUUGAAUUAAGGAGCUCGUGAGUGCUUGAGAAAAAUUAAGAAAAUUCACAAUGAAGACCGUCUUUGUGCUCGGAAUCUUAAUCAGUGGACUUCUGAUGACCUGUGGACGAAGCGUGAAGGAUAGAGGGAUCAAUGCGACCAUUGAGAUGGAACCGGGCUCCACUAUGGGGGCGAUUUCUAGUGAAGGUCCGGAAGAUUACGUCACUGAAUCUACAAUGAAGGUCUUCACGGAAGAACAAGAGACUCAAUUAAUUUCUGGUUCUCCUACGGAGGGAAAUAGCCAGAAUAAAUUGAUUGAGAAGGAAUCCCUAGCUCAGGAGCCCCCAGAGGGAAAUGAUGCCGCCAAGGAUGAUGGUGCUACUGAUGGAAAAAAUGCAGAAGGGGAAAAUGCAACGGAAGCUGUAAAGGAAACUGCCACGGAAAAUGCAGCUGAAUCUGCAACAGAAACGACAACGAAAACUGUUAGGAAGGUCCUAAAUGAUGAUUCGGACUCUAAGGACACACCGAAAGAUACCCCAUCUACCAGGAAUCACGCCAUAAAGGGCUCAUUUCUGAAUCUUCUCAACUUUGUCCUCAUCAUUGCUUCCGGAUGCGCUCUCUUGCAGUAAAUUUCAUCCAAAAAAUUAAUCAAAUAAUUCUUUAAGUAAUUUAAUUUAAAAAAAAAUGAAUUCCCAGCUUCUUGUCAAGAGAUGAAUUUUUUUGAAUAAAAAUUCCUGUUUUUUUUCCAA